CAACAGAUGCCAAGAAACAAGCCGGGCAGCCCUGGAGCGGAGGAGUGCCAGACAGCUGCUGUGAGCAGGCACCGGGGGAGAGCUGGAGGGGAAUUGGAACCUCCAGCGCCGGGUGGGACUUCCUCCAGGCCCCAGCGACACCAGCAGGCGCUCCCGGCGGAUGCUCGGGCGCUGAGCAGCUGAGACCUGCCUGCUCCGUGCCCAGAAUGGCCUGUGCCGAGGGCUUGCAGCAGCCCCAGGCCGUCUUGGCAGGCGCCACCACCACGGCCGUAGCAGCCGCAGGUCUCAGCCGCGGUCCCCCCGGCUCCGUGGAGUGCGAGCUGGAGUGCCUGGUGUGCCGGGAACCCUACAGCUUCGCCCGGUCGCCCAAGCUGCUGAGCUGCCAGCACACCUUCUGCGCCGUCUGCCUGAAGCUCCUGCUGUGCGUGCAGGAAGACGCCUGGUCCAUCACCUGCCCGCUGUGCCGAAAGCUCACGGCCGUCCCUGGGGGCCUCAUCUGUAGCCUGCGCAACCAGGAAGAGGUGGUGGGAUGGCUGGCCCAGCCGUGCCGCGAGGUGCAGCUCUGUCCUCAGGAGCUGACAGGCCCAGCUGCCUCAGCCACGGCGCUCCCCAGCUCCGUGGGAGAGGACGGGCCGGGCACAGUGAGUGCCAACCGCGUGGCAGCCCGGCGCCUGGCUGCGCACCUGCUCCUACUGGCCCUGCUCAUCUUCGUCAUCCUGCCCUUCAUCUACCCAGGCGUUAUCCGGUGGGUGCUGGCACUCAUCAUCGCCCUGGCCUUGCUGAUGUCCCUGCUCUUCUGCUGCCACCCCCACAGCCUGGGCACCCCCAGGACUCUCUUCUGCGGAGAGCAGAAGCACAGCGAGAUCGCCUCCAUCGCCUGAGUGCCCCGGGCCUGGGCAGCCCCUGCAGCCCGCUCUGGGUCUGUGACUUCCACUGGAACAGGGUAAGGGGCCGCGAGCUAAGACUGGAUGCCUCGGGAUCGCCCGCCAGCUGCACUUGCACAUGGAAGCCCAGACGCCCAAAUCAGGUCAACAAGGCCACCCUGGGCUGAUGGGCUCGCACCUGCCCUGGGGACAGCGCAGCUAACCUGGCGGGGUGGGGAGGAGGCACCGACCACCGGCACGCUCCAAGGUGGCCUCCUGUUCCUCUUAUUCCAAUGCUCCUGGCUUUUCUUUAUAGAACCUGAUGCAAGUAUGGAAAAUAUUGGUCCUGCUGCAGAGCAAAAUAGAACCGGGACUCUUUUUAUUAUUAUUUUUUUAACCGAUGUGGCCCUUGUUAUUUCCUUGCUUUAGUUUGAUUUGGUUUGGUUUGAUGGCACUUUGUUCCCAUUGCUGGCUGUUACACAUUUUCCCUCUUGGGAAGCGGGACGCCCACCGGGAGUCGGCUUCUGCUUCCUCCAGUGCUGGCCAUUGUGCCCACCCCCUCUCCUCGCUUGAGGUCCUGGUUGUUUGGGUCUCCCACUGAGUCACCCGCAGGGUGGGAAGGAGAGAAGCUGAUGCCUCCGCUGCUGUGGAGUGGGGGUGGGGGGAGCCCCACCUGCGGCCAGCAAAGUGGGGAGGGCUGGAAGAGGAGGAGGCUCUGGGAAUUACUCCCAGCAUCCCUGCACCCCCAGAUUUCCCCAGCGCUGCACCAUGAGACCCUGACUUAACAGAGACCCUUGGGGUUCGGAGGACUGUGCCCAGCCCAGAGCAGGGCCAGCUGCCCAUUUUACACACGGCCCACACUACCGAUCUUAAUCUCUACGGCUGGUGCUGUCUCGGUUACCGCAUCCCAUCUGAGCUUCGGCCAUAAAGAUAAGAGGUCCCAUAAAUGCAACCGUCCUCGUCCUUACCAGGAACCUCUGCCUCUCCCGCCACAGUCAUCCGGAAGGUCUUGUGUCUCCUCUUCACCCUUCUGGCUUCCUAACACACGGGAGGCGUCUGCCAGAAAGGUGACGAUGUGCCACGGUCAACAGGCACAGGGCUCAGCCAGGGGGCAGAGGGUGAGAGACAAUACAUUCUUUCCAUCCAAAGGCCCUGGAUUUGGGACCAGGCCUGGAGGCUCAGAGGGGCCCAUGGGGCACAGUGCAUCUGCCCUCCCAGCAGGCUGGGCUCCGUUCAUGGUUACUGUGCCUUUGUCCCACAGGGGGACAGAACUCUGCCACCAGAGCCCUGGGGCCUUAGCCCUGCUCCAUGGUUCCCUGUGCAGCAGGGUCUCCCUCUCCGAACUUCCUUUUCCCCAGAUGAGCUGGUUGAACCGAAUCACCCCCCCUAACCCCAGAAGCCAAAGGAACUGAGGGCACGGCUAGGGCCCAGCACUGUGGACAUGGCUCACACCCGCUGUGAACUCGCACGGAGGAAAACAGAAACAUUCGUGUGCACGCCACUGCUCUCAGAAUCGGGGGGCUUUUGUCCUGCAAGUCACCCAGGGUGACUCGGACCCCAUGCCAUCGGCUUUAUCCACUCCUGGUGCUGAGAAAGACAGAGAGACAGAGACAGAGAGAGAGAGAGUGAGAGUGUGUGAGUGAGAGUCAGUGGGUGAGGAAGAGAGAGAGUGGGUGCAUGAGUGAGAGAAUGAGCGCGAGAGAGUGAGAGAGAGAGUGAGUGAGAGUGGGCCCAUGUGUUUAAGGUGACAAGCGGGCCUGCAGAACACCCUGUCUCCCGAGGAGGGAGGAAAGAGGAUGGUUCACGACUUCCUGCUGGCCUUGGGAAUGUGCAGUCUGGGAUGCUGCCAGCAGGACGGGUCCCAUUCUAUUUCUGAAACCCUUCACCAAGAAGAAAAGCUGCACGCGGGCGUCAGGUGCAAAUGAUGACAUCACUUCAGCCCGCACAGCAGCAGGUGCACCGCCAUCCGACCCCCCACUGCGCGCCACGCGGAGCCCCACUACUUUAUGUGCCUGGCCUCAGGGAAGCUUCCUAACCACCCUGGAAAGCAGGGGCCAUCACUGUCCUCUCACAGAGAGGAGGAGACCGAGGAUCAGGGAGGUGAACCCACUGCCUAGACCUGCACAGCUGGUCAACGCUGGGAGUGAACCCAGGGCCUCUUCCUGCCCCUCAUGCUGUCCCCUGUAGAGCACCUCCAUGACAACCAGGAAGCAGGUCACCACGGGGAACAGGAAACCA